GUACCUAACGCCGAAGAAGACACUCAAGUCGUUGAACUUCAGGUUCCUCCUUUGGCGGCUGAAGCUUCCACCUCCCGUUCUCCAAGUCCCGUUCCCUCUACAAAUAAUAAUGUUGAUAAUGAGAUAAUAGAAACAGAGUCUACACCAAUGGUAACCGAAAGUGUAAAUGAAACAACGUCUGAUGAUGAUGAAAAUCAUGAAACCAAUGAUGGAGGAUCUAGAUUGUCUAUACUGAACAAGAUAAAGAGAAAACCAAAUGCUACACAACCAGCUGCUUUACCUGUAGUAACUGAUGGUGUAUUUUCAAACUUAUCCGCAAAACCCGAUACAGAAGCCGAUAAAGAAGAAGAAAAUCCACCGCCAUACGAGGCAGCCGCCGCUGAUGCAGCGCCACCUUAUUGGGAAACGACUAUCAUUGCACCAGGGUUAAGUGGUGAUGAGAUUCUUGUUGAAGGUUUACCAGUAGGGAAUUUUUUCAGUUUCAUUUGGAAUAUGCUUGGUAAAUAUGAGCACUAA